AGGGUGGAGAUUUAUCAGAUUUACUUGUUUUGGACGAACCAGAGGAGAACACUUUUAGCACAUCUUCUGAAGACACAGAUGGAACAGAUAGUGAAAGUGAUGAUCCAACGCCAACUGAUGAUCCACUUAAAAAAAUAGGCACGGACAAAGGCAUGGACAAUAUUCUCAAAUCCACAGGCUCCAUCACAAAGGCUGAGGCUCUACUGCUAAUAAUGACUCAUGCUGCUGUGCAUAACAUUACUGGCUGUCAACUAGAUGACUUGUUGACUCUGAUUAAUUUCCUGUUUGGUAAUGAUGUUGUUCCAGGUUCAAAACAUUUGUUUAACAAGGUUUUCAAGAACAACUCAGAGAUUGUAGACUUUCACCUUUAUUGUCAGGCCUGCAAAUGCCACUUAGGCACACAAAAACAAGUCACUGACCAGAACAUAAAUCAAUGUCCAUCCUGCAGCGAAACAGUUGACAUCACUACUUUAAAUAAUGGUAGCUUUUUUAUCAAUGUGCCAGUUGCACCACAAAUCCAGAAUCUUCUGGAAAAUCCUGAAAUACAGAAGCACCUCGGCUAUCGCUUUGACAGACCACACAGUGUUGAGAAUGUUAUCUCAGACAUAUUUGAUGGAGCAUUUUAUGAAAAGCUGUCUGAACCAGGAGGGAUUCUGUCAAAUUCUAACAACUUUUCAUACAAUUUUAAUUCAGAUGGGUCUCCUGUUUUCAAAUCUUCAAAAUUUUCUAUUUGGCCAAUACACCUACACUUGAAUGAACUACCUCCCAAAAUUAGAUUCAAGCAUGUGAUUCUUGCCGGUCUUUGGUUUGGAACCCAUGAGCCAUCUAUGCAAGUUUACCUGAAACCAUUUACUGAACAAGCAAAGUCACUCAGCUCUAAAGGUGUUUCAUGGAGAAAAAAUGGUGUUCAGAUAAAUAGCAAAAUUGUUGGCAUCUGCUGCUGUGUAGAUUCUAAAGCAAGACCGGCAAUGCAGAACAUGACCCAAUUUAAUGGCUAUUAUGGGUGUGGCUUCUGCCUUCAUCCAGGUGUUUUAGUUGAGCGACACGUAAAGUAUACUGUGUCAGCUUCAGGAUACGAUGACAGAGACUCAAAAUCUAUAAUUAGAGAUAUGGAGAUUGCCUUUGCUGAAGGUAGGCCUGUCAGGUGUUAAAGGUCCAUCCCAACUGAUAAACAUGCCGUUCUUUGAUGUAGUGUGGGGCUUCGUACCUGAUUAUAUGCAUGCUGUCCUUCUUGGUGUUACCAGACAGAUUACUGAACUUUUUCUUCAGAGUUGUGAUCAGCCCUAUUAUAUUGGUAGACCAGACACAUUACGUGUAAUAGAAAAUCGCAUCAGAAGCAUCCAACCUCCACAUCUCAUUACCCGCUUGCCUAGGCCAAUUGAGGAGUUCAGGUACUGGAAGGCAUCAGAAUGGAGAGCUUGGUUGCUUUUCUAUUGUUUGCCAUGUCUUGAAGGUGUGCUUGAUACUCGGUAUUUGAAACAUCUCAGUUUACUUGUAUCGGCAGUAUUCCUUCUUUUGCAGGAGUCUGUCACCUAUGAGGAAGUCAACAAAGCAGACAUCAUGCUCCUUGAGUUUGUUGUCAAAUUUCAGUUACUCUAUGGAGAGACAGGCAUGACUUUCAAUGUACAUCUUCUCACUCACCUUGCGAAGUCAGUGAAACUGUGGGGUCCAUUGUGGGCACACUCGGCUUUUGUUUUUGAAAAUGCGAACGGACGUCUCUUGAAGUUGAUCCACGGAACUAAAAGUGUUGCUGUUCAGAUUGUCAACAAGUUUCUGUUGCAUAAAGCCAUGUCAUGCUUUGCAACAAAACAUGUGAUCAGUGACCAUGUGUUAAACUUCUGCAGAGAAUUCAGUGAAUAUCCAAGAGUGCAGAAAUGUCUGCGUUGGCAGGGCACCACAGUUUUAGACAGUGGCACAACUAAGCAGUUAAAGGAUGAGGAAAUGAGUGCCUUCAUCUCAGCAGAGAGACAAGUACCAGAAAUUGUACUAGUACACAAUAGGAUGGUCCAUAAUGGUCUGGUUUUUACCAGCAAGGCCUACUGUCGGUCUAAGAGAAGAAGGGAAAGUGCCAUUCAGUUAAAUAAUGGAUGCCAUGGAGAAAUACAGGACAUUGUGUCAUUUACAGCAGAAGGGGAGACAGAAAUUGGUCUGUUCUUCAAGAGGUUUGAUACACAGCCGAUCUUUGCACUUCCUCAAAACUUUGGUUUUGUGCCACAUGUAAAACUUGUUAGAGAUUAUCGGUCCCCUCUGCAAUUUGUCCCAUUAAACAGCAUAAAACA